CUUUUUCUCAACACCACUAGCUCCAUCUUACGCACCCCACGAAGGCCACGACUGCAUCAAUUUCUCUACACGUGCGACUUGCUUUUAUCUCUUCUCGCGCUCGCUUUUUCGCAUCAAUUCAAUUCUGUCGCUUUGUUGCAAUUACUCUUCUUCUACGUAUUCCGCCAUGCGCUAAGCAGUUCGUUGCAUUGACCCUGAACAGCCGCCAUCAUGGGUCCUCUAGCUUUCUUGAGCAGUCUUUACGACCAUGAUACUCUCGACACACGAUUCACUACUGCCUCUUCUACCCCCUACCAGAACGUUAUCGAAGCGCGAUUAGAUCCGAGCAUAAAAAAGGACUCUGCAGCGAAGGAGCGGAGCAGAGCACAACCGUCGAAAUGGAAGACGCCCGAGUUCUACCUUUACUAUGUCGUCUUUGCUGUGGCCAUUCCCUACAUGUUCUGGAUCACAUACGAUGUCUCUCGAGAAACUGAUCCUCGAUACCCCAAAUUUAAGCGAUGGCUAUCCCCGGGCUGGAUUCCUGGACGACAGAUCGACGUUUCCGAUGCGCAAUAUGGUGUGUUCCGCGAGAAUAUGCCUUACAUGGGCUCUCUUCUUCUUUUCCACCCGCUGCUGAGGAAGCUUUGGAACAAGUACAAGCCAUUGCCUAAGCGAAGCCAGGGAGGACGCAACCGAUUAGACCAGCGAGCAUCAUUCGAUUUCUUAUUCGCAUUCAUAUUCUUGUUCGCUCUACACGGACUUUCUGCGUUCAAGAUCUUCUUCAUCCUCUGGACCAAUUUCCAGCUUGCGACCAAGCUUCCUCGACGAUAUGUUCCGGCUGCUACUUGGAUCUUCAACAUUGCGAUCCUGUUCGCCAACGAAUUGACUGAAGGAUGGCGGUUCCGAGUUCUAUUUAGCUUCAUUUCACCCCCACAAAUGGGUCUGUAUAAGAACAAAAUGAGACUCCUCAACUCGGAUUUGAUGAACUUGGGAGCUCGCAUGGAUAGCACAUUCCAAGGAAUUUUAGCACGCUGGGAGGUUCUCUUCAACAUCACCAUCCUACGUCUUAUCAGCUUCAACUUGGACUACUACUGGAGUAUUGAUCGUGGCAACUCUAAUGCGCUCGAGAAGAAGCAAUUGGACCCUGCAAGCCUCUCCGAGAGAGAUCGUGUCAGCAUCUCUGCAGAGCCUCGAGACUUCACCUUCCGUAACUAUGUGGCAUAUGCCAUCUAUGCGCCGCUCUACUUGACAGGACCUAUCCUCACAUUCAAUGACUACAUCUCACAGUCGAAGUACCGAGCUGCCAGCAUCGAAACAAGCCGAACAAUCCGAUAUGGCAUCCGCUUCCUCUUGGUUUUGCUGUCAAUGGAGGUCAUUCUGCAUUAUGACUGGGUUGGUGCGAUCAGCAAGGGAAAGCCUGAUUGGAGUUCGUAUACGGCAGCACAAUUGUCAAUGCUGUCCUUCAUGAACCUCCAUAUCAUCUGGCUGAAGCUUCUGAUCCCUUGGCGUAUGUUCCGACUUUGGUCAUUGGUUGAUGGGAUUGAUCCGCCUGAAAACAUGGUUCGUUGUGUGAGCAACAACUACAGCACACAGCUCUUCUGGAGAGCAUGGCACCGUUCGUAUAACCGCUGGUUGAUCAGGUACAUCUACAUUCCCUUAGGCGGCUCAUCGUUCCGUAACUGGCGGUCCACUGUGCGGUCCAUUGUGACAUUCCUGCUUGUAUUCACGUUCGUGGCACUUUGGCACGACAUUCAGCUCCGCCUACUGAUCUGGGGCUGGCUGAUUGUUCUGUUCAUGAUACCUGAGUGGACUGCGGCGGCAAUGUUCCCCAAGAGCAAGUGGGAGGAUCGACCAACAGCAUACCGUAUGCUCUGCUGUGUAGGAAGCGUGGGUAACGUGCUCAUGAUGAUUUCAGCCAACUUGGUUGGCUUUGCUGUUGGGCUGGACGGUUUGCAGAGCAUCAUCCAGAGCAUUUUGCAUGACUGGUCAGGUAUGUGGCACAUCGAGACUCUGUGGAAGCACAUCACUAACACAAACACAAACAGGGCUUAUUUUCCUUGUUACAGCGUGCUCUUGUUUGUUCGUUGGCAUCCAGGUCAUGUUUGAGAUUCGUGAGUCCGAGAAGCGACGUGGUAUUUUGGUUAAGUGCUAGACGGAGUUUUUUCAGAAGUAACGGCGUGACGGAUGCAUGGGCGUUGUACAUAUACUGUGAUACUAUUACUAGCAUAGGGCUCAAAGAUGGUGAAUCAUUUAGAUGGCUAUGAGCAAGAAAACAUAAGGCUCGCUCAAAAUACUGUUUAGAUCGGACCUGCUCAGGCACAAUUUGCUUCGUGUCUCGCAUAUCUUGUGAGGGUUUUAUUAAAGUCAUUAACUAUUACUAAUUAACACCGCUUUGUGAUAUCGCAUGUUCUGGUAAAGGGUAUCCUUGAAGGUCGCUCUGUUUAAUUAGAAAAUGCCCACACAUAACGCCUUACAUGGCUCUCCAACACUCCAUGUUCCCAGCAAUUAUGAUAGACAAGCUCAAUACACCCUGUCCUGUGCUUCGGGAUGGUUUCCAAUAGCGUACUUGUUACCAGAAGAAGCCAGCUCAAUAUCGUUGGUGUCGGCAGGCUGCUGUGCAAACUUGCCAUCCAUACCAAGCUUCGUCUCCGUCAACCAUCGUCGAACCCAGAUGAUGCCCCAGACAAUGCAAAAGAUGAUAACAAUUCCGACCGCUAUGCCCAGAAUGUAUCCUGCAACAAUGCCUCGUCCACCCACAUCUUGAUAAUCCAGGAAGUUGUAUACGUAGAACCCCUGCGUCGCGUGGGUGAGGUACGCAAGGGCGAGGUACAGCGCAAGAAUGAAGAUCAACCACGCGAUGUGCACCCAUUGAGGGGGGUUCGUUCGGGGGAUGAUAAUUUCGAAAAGUGCAAACAGGCUGUUCAAGCCAUGCUGGCUGAUGUUGCUCCAGGCGUUGAACUCCUCAGGGAACCAAGGCCCUUUAUACAGAACGACCCAAUAGACGAUCGUCACGAGGAACGGGUACGUGACGAUGGUCGAGUAGAACAGCGCAUGAAGCGCCUGCAGCGGUCGCGGGAGACCAUCGAGCAAUGACCGGCCUCGAAGUGCGUACGUGGCGGUAUGAACCGCUGCGACAGCAAAGUAGAAAGCGAUGCCCCAGUACGUCAAGAUGGUGAAAUAGCUGAAGGACCUGCCAACAUCCCUACAACCGCCGAGUUCUUCGUGCGUGCAUUGCCACCCGAUGAUGAAGAAUCGCGUAACGAAAGCGUAUAUGCUGAUGACAGCACGGAAGGCGAAGAGAAGCCACGGGCUCAAGAGCCAGGAUGUUUCGAAGCGAUUGGAAGGAUCCCAGAGAUCGUGGCCGAACCUAAAGGGGUUCUUGGGGGCCAUUUUUUUAUUAUUAUUUCGGUGUAAGGAGAAACGAAUGACGAUUAUGUUGUGUUGGGUGUAGGACCCUGCGUGCGUUCAGCUGUAGCUGAGGUGAUGAUAUUUUUCCCAGCCGAAAGGGACGUGGCUUAUGAUGAGAUGGAGGUUUAGCCUGAUUGGGCAGUCAUCGCCAUGAAAAGCUUCACUUGGGAAAUUUAUAUAAAAUUACACUUUCAGAAUCUUGCAGAUGUCGCCAAUCUUAAAUCUUAACUUUGUUAUUACUCCGUGUAUUCACUCUCCGAGAUAUUCGGAGGUUGUGGUAUCUGGUGCUAUGUUCGUCUGCUGAUGGAAGCCAUAGUAGAUGGCGCAGCUCUAGUUAAGCAUGUGGCUUGGCUCAUAAGACAACUCCAGACUCCACAAAGAGUAAGUGACUUGGGAAGGAUUAGUGAAGAUGAGAAGAAUGUGCCUAAAAUAGCUCCACGUUGUGUUCUUGUGAUUUGUCCCAGAAAGUCUCCUGUGGCGUUUUGAUAUUGAGAUGGGGACAGAUAUCACAUCUUUCUCAGCAGUUUUAAGACUCCAAGCAUACUCCAUGAUUCAGUCACGGAUGCAUACAUCCAGCUGUCGCAGAGAUUCAGCCUGUAAUCUCG